CUCUCCAGGCACCGCUUUCCUAGAAUCAAAACUUCACGAACCCGACACAUACACGUUUCCAUUUCUCUCCCUCUCUCACCUUGGAGUUUUGUUAGACCCGCCGUCGCUAUGAAAAUCGUAUACAUCGGUGUUCUGAAAAACGAUAGCAAGCCCGCGGUCGAACUUUCGCUCGAGCGCGAACUCACGAGUUAUAGUCGCUUUACGCGUGGUAGCAUCAGCGAAUUCACAUCUGUAUUUGCCCAAACAGUGGCUGAGCGCACGCGACCCGGACAGAGACAGGAUGUCGAGCAAGAUCAAUAUGUAUUCCACGCCUACGCCCGUACAGAAGGCGUAUGCGGCAUCAUAAUCUCCGAUCAAGAAUACCCAUCCAUUGUAGCCCACCAACUGCUCUCGAAAAUCGUUGAUGAAUUUACCUCCAAAUACCCACGCACAGCGUACGCAAGCGCCACGACAGAUACCUCAAAGCUUUCCUUCCCCGAACUUAAAGACUAUAUCGUCAAAUAUCAGGACCCUCAGCAAGCGGACAACAUCAUGAAGAUUCAGAAGGAGUUGGAUGAGACUAAGAUUGUGCUGCACAAGACGAUUGAGAGCGUGCUGGAGCGAGGGGAGAAGAUUGAUAACUUGGUUGCGAAGAGUGAUGGGCUGAGUGCGCAAAGCAAGAUGUUCUACACUCAGGCCAAGAAGCAGAACUCGUGCUGUACAGUCAUGUAGAUAUGUUUUGGCAGCUUUCCAGUCUCGUUCGAUGCCGAGAUCACAAUUCAAUAGUCCGACUAAGUCACGCAAUGUUAUACCCUGUUACCGAUCGA